AUGUUACCAAACUGGCCAGUAGUUUUGGAUUCACUUUCAAGUUUUCCACAAUUGAAUUCGUUACAUGUAUUUAUGUAUGAUUUGCCAAAACCUAUCGAUGAUAGAAGUUGUCAAAUGAUUGCAAGGAUAGCACCAUUAUUAAACAAUUUUGUCUUUUGCUUUCGAUAUAAAUUCGGCUUCUUAGAAGGUAAUGAACUUGAAGCUGUAUUUACAGGUCAUGCAAAAUUCAUUAGACAAUUAUGUCAUUAUAUUCUAUCAUCGCCUCUAGAUAAAGAACCUUGUUAUUCAAUUGAAACGGAAGGUUAUGGACUUACAAUCUGGUUUUAA